AUGGUGUUCUUUUGGUCGGCGGAGCGUGAGCCGGACUCUGCUACGGAACGCGAAGUACUCGACUAUAUUUCAGAGGGGAAAGUGGACCAACUCCCGCUCACGCAAGACUUUGUUAAUUAUGUCAACGUAAAAGGGUGCAAUGUUCCUAUCGAAGUGAUGACGCUUUUGUCCAUACGUAUGGAUCCCUCUGACUCGUCAAGACACAGCGUCCGUGCAUCCAAAUUGACUUGGGCGAGCCAUCCUCGCGUGCGGGACGACUUUACGAACAUACACGCGCGUUAUCAACGUGUGAAAGCGCAAGGCAUACGGUUCCCGAAAGAGGAUGCAGAGACUGUAAAGACACUGAACGCGAUUUAUGAAAGCACGACGCCUGAAGAAGAGGAACAGAUUGUGAACUCAAUACAGCGAGGCAAAUUGCAAGAGCUCGUGCGGCGUAGCGAGUGGGACGACAGGGUGAAGGCGCAAAAGAUCAUGCGAGAGUUGUUGGGCGCUUCGGGGAGCAGCAAGGGCGUGAAUGGAACCACGGAACCUAUUAUGCCGUACCCUCCGCCGUCGGUCCCGCACCCAGGUGAGGCUGAAGCCGCGACGGACAGUGGAGCAGCGAGUGCAGCGCAAGAGCACCCACGUACGGAUACGCAAAAAUUGGCGCUCAAAUCUGACAGCGAAGAGCUUGUUGCGCAUGCGGUACCCAUUGAAACAAUGUCGCGCCCAGAUCUAGCCCUGCCGACCGAAGUAGAUACCGACGUGGUCUCGAGUGCGGACGCCGCGCCCUUUUCUCAGGAUACAGCGGCCAGAGACGAAUUUUUGGAAUAUACUACAUGGCCCCCAGAACCGCGUCUUGUGCCACUGACCAACGAGGAUCCCGACAGCUUGGACCCUGACAACAGUACCAACGAGUGGUUGCAGUAG